UUUCCAACUGAUGGCCGCCGGCUCGUAGACAAUACCAAAUGGACAGCAAAACGCCAAGUGGCUAGCCAUAAAGCCAUGAGUUUCCAUCUCAAGUUUCGACCCGUAUGCCGUUCUCGUCGACAUCUGCUUCAUCAUACUUCAAAAAUCAUCCCAACAGCAGCAAGAAACUUUGCCAUGGCCUCAAGCAAACACUCUCAAGAUGGUAAAGAAAAUAAAACGGAUGAGAAGAGGGAACGUUACACCAAAGGAGAAUGCGAUUCUACUUCAGCUCGUAUUAUCCCUCACCUUCUCAGCCUAUAUGGAUCUUGUGCCACCGCUGCUGAUUUCGAAAUCUAUGCUCCAGAUGCUUCCUUUGAGGACCCUCUUAUGUGUGCUCACGGGGUGCCCCAGAUCAAGUCAGCAUUCUAUUCAAUUGCCAAGGUUUUUAGUGAGUCAAAAAUUACUGAAUACAGCGUCAAAGAAAACGUUAUUUCACCACAGAAGCUAGAGAUACUAAUCGACAGCAAGCAACAUUACAAGUUCUUGGGAAGAAACAUAGAUAUGAUCUCACUUAUUAAGCUGCAAGUAGAGAAUGGAAAAGUCGUUCGACAUGAAGAUUUGUGGGACAAGAAGCCUCUCCGGAAUAGAGAAACAGUUAAGCUGCCAUUGGCUGGCCGUAUGUUUGAAAUGACUCGCAGAGGUUCAAUGCUAGCAACUCAUGUUAUGAUGGGGUUUGGAAAAGAUCCAUCCAAGUAACUUCUUCUCAAAAAAUUAUGUGUGCUCCAGAUUUCUAUCCAGCUCUGUAUUGAAAUCUUUGUUAAGCUCGUUCUAAGAUCCAGAUUCUCUUGGUGUCAGAAAUUUGAACAAUAAUUAGUAUUCCUAGGUUGUAUACAAUAUCGUGUUUAAUCAUUUUGCACUAAGUCUUCGCUUUUA